UUAUUUCCUCCAAAUUAAGUAAAAUAUUUUUUUUCGGUUUUUGCUGAAAUCUAUAAAACAUCUUAAAAAUGUCUUCAAUUCUUUUUCGAUGCGCAGCACUUCGUAGUGUUUACAAGCUUAGUGCACUACCAAAACGGGCAGUAUCAACUUUUACUCUAAAAACCCAAGAACAUAAACAUAAAUCAGUUCUAAAUGUUACGUCAAAUUAUUUGCAAAUCCUGCCGAUUCGUUGUUAUUCAGACAAAGAACCACUUACGCUGAAACUAAUUAAAGAGCGUGUCGUACUGGUAUUAAGCUUGUAUGAUAAGAUCGAUCCGGAAAAACUUAAACUUGAGUCACAUUUUUAUAAGGAUCUUGGAUUAGACUCACUUGAUCACGUUGAGGUCAUAAUGGCAAUGGAAGACGAGUUUGGUUUUGAAAUACCUGACAUGGAUGCAGACAAACUGAACUCACCUAAAGAUUUAAUCCAGUACAUUGCUGACAAAGAAGAUAUUUAUGAGUAAAUCUCGAUCACAAGUUAUGUUUAGAAUAUAGUUUAAUCAAAUGAAAAAGAUAAAGAAGAUGUACCUACAUGCAGAAAAAAAAGGAACAGCAAUAAAAUUUUCUGAAAAGGAAAA